UGAGGCUUGACUCUUUUCAAUAAAACAUUGUGUACUUCUGGCCCUCCUGCUGCCCAAGCUCUGUUUCCCCUGGCGCCAAGGGAAGAAGGCAGAACUGAACCCAAGCCCAGGGCCAACUCCAGCUCCAAGGCUGUGUCCCUUUCCCUCAAUCUCUGGCCAUCACCAUUGGUCAGACUGUCCCUCCCACUGGCCUCAGGGCCCCUCCCACCCCCACUCCAGAUAAGGUCAGCCCAAGACUGCGUCACUGGGCAAUAGGCACUAGGGCUGGAAUGGGGCUGCCCGGCUCCCCAUGGCAGUGGGUGCUGCUGCUGCUGGGGCUGCUGUUACCCCCUGCCGCCUCCUUCUGGCUCCUCAAUGUGCUGUUCCCCCCGCAAACCACGCCCAAGGCUGAGCUCAGUAACCACACACGGCCCGUCAUCCUCGUGCCUGGCUGCCUGGGGAAUCAGCUGGAAGCCAAGCUGGAUAAACCAGAUGUGGUGAACUGGAUGUGCUACCGUAAAACAGAGGACUUCUUCACUAUCUGGCUGGAUCUCAAUAUGUUCCUACCCCUUGGAGUAGACUGCUGGAUCGAUAAUACCAGGGUUGUCUACAACCGCAGCUCUGGGCGUGUGUCCAAUGCCCCUGGUGUACAGAUACGUGUCCCUGGCUUUGGCAAGACCUUCUCUGUUGAGUAUCUAGACAAAAACAAGCUGGCAGGUUACAUGAACACCCUGGUGCAGAAUCUGGUCAACAAUGGGUAUGUGCGGGAUGAGACUGUGCGGGCCGCCCCCUAUGACUGGCGGCUGGAGCCCAGCCAGCAGGAGGAGUACUACCAGAAGCUCUCUGGGCUGGUGGAAGAGAUGCAUGCUACUUACGGAAAGCCUGUCUUCCUCAUUGGGCACAGCCUUGGCUGCCUGCACCUGCUCUAUUUCCUGCUGCGCCAGCCCCAGUCUUGGAAGGAUCGCUUCAUUGAUGGCUUCAUUUCUCUUGGGGCUCCCUGGGGUGGCUCCAUCAAGCCAUUGUUGAUCUUGGCCUCAGGUGACAACCAGGGCAUCCCGAUCAUGUCCAGCAUCAGGCUGAAACAGAAGCAGCGCAUAACGACGACAUCCCCCUGGAUGUUUCCCUCUAACCUGGUGUGGCCUGAGGACCAUGUGUUCAUUUCCACACCCAACUUCAACUACACAGGCCGUGACUUCCAACGCUUCUUUGCAGACCUAUACUUUGAGGAAGGCUGGUAUAUGUGGCUACAGUCACGUGACCUGCUGGCAGGACUUCCAGCACCUGGUGUAGAAGUAUACUGUCUAUAUGGUGUGGGUCUGCCCACGCCCCGCACCUACAUCUUUGAUUAUGGCUUCCCCUACACAGACCCUGUGGGUGUGCUCUAUGAGGAUGGCGAUGACACUGUGGCGACACGUAGCAGUGAGCUCUGUGUCCACUGGAAGGGCCUCCAGCCACAGCCUGUGCACCUGCUGCCUCUGCAUGGGACACAGCACCUCAACAUGGUCUUCAGCAAUCAGACACUGGAACACAUCAAUGCCAUCCUGCUGGGUACCUACCGACAUAGCACCUCUGUACCCACAGCUGCCAGCCCAGGCCCCCUACCCCCUACCCCUUGAAUAAAGAUCAUCCUUUGCUGCUGUAA